ACAGUCAUCUCGUGGGUCCUCAGUAAUGCUGUUGCCCUAACACACACUCUCCUGCUCCUUCCAUUGCUCUUCUGUGACAGCAAUGCUCUCCCACACUUCUUCUGUGACUUGGCCCCUCUGCUCAGACUGUCCUGCUCAGACACAGUCGUCAAUGAGCUUGUGUUGCUUGUCGUGGGCUUAUCAGUCAUCACCUUCCCCUUCUCCCUCAUCCUCUUCUCCUGCGUCUGCAUCGUCAGGGCUGUCCUGAGACUCUCAUGCACAGAGGGAAAGUGGAAAGCCUUCUCCACCUGUGGCUCUCACCUGACGGUUGUCUUACUCUUCUAUGGGACCAUGGUGGGGGGUUACUUCUGCCCCUCGUCCACUCACCUUGAUGACAGAGAUAAUGUUGGUGCAGUGCUGUUCACUGUGGUGACACCCAUGAUGAACCCCUUCAUCUACAGCCUGAGGAACAAGGACAUGAAAGGUGCUCUGAGA